CAAAGGAACAAGUGUUGGUUUUUCUUUCUCUCCAUCUCUCUCACUCUCCAUCUCUCUCUCUAUUCCUCUGUCUGCCAUCUGCUCCAGGAAGACAUGCGGCCCUGUAUCAUGGAAGCAUAGAGGAUGGAUUUCAAUAUUUUGCAAAAGCGGACUCUCUAUUAACAGGCACCACAGACCCCUGGUCUUAAGCUAAGAUGUCUGGACUGGACCUACCAGCUGAGGAACUCAACAGCACAGCAGCGAUAGACAACGGCACCUUUCUGAAGCUGUCCCCCACCUCCAUCUCCACCUCAGCUGCCUCCUCCUCCUCCUCCUCCGCCUCCUCUUCAUCCUCCAGUCUCCCCGAGAACGUCUACAUCUAUGUGUCCAUCUUCCUCAGCCUGCUGGUCUUCCUGUUGAGCCUGCUCAUCAUCGCCCUCUACAGGCUGAAGAACAUCAUCUCCUCCAGCUCCUCGUACCCAGAGUAUGCCAGUGGCGGCGCCGGUGGCAGCGAGGGUGGCAACAGCUCCUUCACCAACAUGGAGAUCUGCAGCCUCUCCUCGCAAAGGUCAACCAUUUCCACACUAUCAUCCUGAAGGACCUCUAUUGCUACUACUACUACCACUACAUGUCUGUGGGAAGCAAACACCACACCAAACACGUGCAGAGACACACACACUCACGUAUACUACAACAUACACAUGACAUACACUAUGCUCUUAGCACACACAUAUGAACCAGUAUGUAUACUGUACACACACGCAUCCACCCAUGUAUGCACGCA